UGAGGAUGGCCAAUCAGAGCGCGAGACCGGGGUGGGGGUGGUGGUGGUGGUGGUGCGGAGCCAGCAGGGUUCUGCGCUUGAAGAAGAAAACCUCGCUAAAGCAGGCGUUUGCACUCAGCCGAGCACCGACGCCCAGAGAAAGCUGUCUGUGUGCUGCAGGUGAUGCGCUCGUGAGUUGCCACAGACACUACAAAUCCCGUCCUACACAUGGCAUUGGGAAGUUUAAGUAUCUACUCCCACCGGAGGCUCCAAAGAAGAGAAAAGAUAGAAUACAGAUGAAAGAGAUAAGUGUUGGGACUGAAUAUGAAUACGGAGAUGUCAACAUUCAGAUGACUUCCUAUGAUAUGUGUCUCGUGGAGCGCUUUGCUCAAUACGUGCAUAAACUCUGCAACCGACUCUCCGUUAGGGUCAAUGAAAGCUACGCAAUGCCCACCAAGACCAAUGAAGUGCUGUUCUUGGAAGAGCGAGGUUCCAAAAUGCAGCUGGAUGCAGUCCUUACUACCCACCAGAGGGUUGUCCAGAUCAGCGGUUUGAGUUCGACAUUUGCUCCGAUACUCUUGGAAGUUAUUCAGAGUAAUCAGCCUGAAGGGGUCCAUCUGCUAGUGAAAGAGCACACAGAAGCAGACUUCAAGAUCCGAUUAAAGGCUCGACCAGAACUUGAAGAGCUGCUAGCGCAGAUGAACUGAGAUGAGGAAUAAUCCAUCCAUUUCAGAGCCAUCUCUGGGAAACGGAAGCUUCUCUUUGGCUGCUUGAGCCUCCAGAAAAUGACUGUGAGCACUGUACUUAUAAGUUUGUGACUUGGAAGAAAUUUGCACUGUCAUCAGGCAUCUUCUUUUAAUAAAGACAAAUGCAUGUGUUUA